AUGUGCGGCAUAUCUUGUAUCCUUUCACUAGCCAGUACGCAGCAGCACCACCAUGCCCAGCAACCACGUAAUGGCGAGCACAAAGGCAUCACGACCGAGCGGGCACGCCUGGAGAAUGAGCUGGAUCAGUCCCUGCAGCAGAUCGUCCAUCGUGGUCCCGAUAGCUGCGGCAACUGGAUUAGCGACGACUGUCGAGUAGCUCUCGGUCAUGUACGCCUUUCGAUCAACGACUUGAGUCCUUCUGGCGCACAACCUUUUCAUGCUCCAGACCACGGCAUCCACGCUGUGGUCAACGGCGAGUUCUACGACUACGAUCGCAUACGUGCGCAGCUUGAGAAGGAGUUGCCUGAGUACACCUUCACUUCUCACUCCGACUCUGAGAUCGUGAUUGCACUAUAUCUUGCACACGGUCUCAACUUCACCGAAUACCUGCGUGGUGAGUUCGCUGUGGUAUUGUACGAUGAGAGGAAAGAGCUAUUCAUGGCGGUGAGAGAUCGAUAUGGCAUCAAGCCUUUAUUCUGGACCAUUAUCGAUGAUGGCAGGGGCCAUGGAGGCAAGAGGCUGUGCGUAGCAGCAGAGAUGAAGGCCUUUCUGCCUCUAGGAUGGACACCAGAGUGGGAUGUGCGGAGCUUGAAGGAUGCUGGCUGGAACCAUGACACACGAACGUUGUUCAAGGGCGUGCAGAAGCUUCGACCCGGCCACUACAUGACAUGCCAAUGUUUUGGUCACAUCACAGAGCGACCGUACUGGGACUCUUCGUAUCCUGACAAGCGCGCGAUUGACCCACGAACGCCGGAAGAGCUCAUUGAAGGCGUACGAGAACGCAUGCUCGAGUCUGUGCGUCUUCGUCUGCGAGCCGAUGUACCAGUCGGCAUCUACUUAUCUGGUGGUAUCGACUCCUCGGUUCUUGCUGGCAUGGUAGCACAUCUCGUGAAAGAACAGAACAUUUCCGUGGGCUCGGCGCCACCAUCGGAGCGGGUUACAUGCUUCAGUAUUGCAUUUGACGAAGACUCUGGAUUUGACGAAAGCAGUAUUGCGAACCGGACGGCCGAAUGGUUGGGCGUCAAGUACCUCAAGAAGCUGAUGAACGAGGAGGAGCUAGCCAAGCGGUUUGAGGAUGCGGUGUGGUACUGUGAACAGCACAAUCCAGAUCUCAACUUUGUCGGCAAGUACGCUCUCAGCGAGGUGCCGCAAGAGGCAGGCUACAAGGUCGUCUUGACCGGCGAGGGUGCAGAUGAGAUCUUCGCCGGCUAUCCUCUUUUCCUGCCCGACUAUCUUCGCGAGCCCGAUCAAGCAUACGAGACACACAAUCCUCUUUCAGCUGGCGAGCGUACCAAACAAUUCGAGAACGCCGAAGAGGAGGCGCAAGAGCACUACCGUGCUAUUGGUGCCAAUGGCGGCACAUCAGACCUCAGCAUACCUCGACGUAUGUUGAACGGCAUCAGCACGAUCAAUGGCAUGACUGCUUUUCAACCGGAUGUCUUCGCGGGCUGGACGGAGAAAGCCUUCCCGGCUUGUGAUCCACAGAUGACCAUCGCAUGCAAUGCCGACGGUAUCGCUCGCCACAACAUCAACGAGAAGUGGCACCCUCUACACUCCGCACUGUACGUCUGGAGCAAAGGCAACCUACCAAACAUCUUCUUGACCUGUCUGGGCGAUCGCACGGAGAUGGCGCACUCUAUCGAGGCUCGCACGCCUUUUCUCGACCACCAUCUGACAGAGUACGUCAAUAAUCUCCCUCCCUCAGUCAAAUUACGCUGGAGCCCAGAAGAACAGCGUUUUGUGGAGAAAUGGAUCUUGCGGGAAGCGUCGAAGCCUUUUAUCACGAAGGAAUUGUAUGAAAGGAAGAAACAUCCUUACUCUGCUCCUACGACUUGGCCCCGGGAUGGACCUUUGCAUAAGCUCAUGAAGAAGUUGGUGACGAAGGAGAAUGUUGAGUUGCUUGGAUAUGUAUGCUGGGAGAAGGUUGGUGGCUUGGUUGACAAGGCUUUUGGCGAGACGGGCGAUGCGAAGGCAUUGAGGUUAGCUAUCGUGGUCUCGCAGUGGAUCGUGCUGGCUAGACGAUUCGAAGUGAAGACUGCUAGUGUCCAAGAAUGCUGA